UUAUUAUAUAAUAUAGUAUAACUUUAUAUUUGUCUUCUUAUUAAAUUUUAUUUUUAUUUAGRGUAAUGGAUCUAAKKAUGGAAAGGGUCUCGAAAUUAUGGUUACAUCCAAAUAUUAUAUUUAAAAAUUCAUCUCUAGGAAAGCGGUUACAUGAAAAUCUCGCAUACAUUAAUAAUAUAACAAGCGAGAUUAUAAGGAAAAAGAAAGAGUCAAUAGAGGAAGAGAAAUUUACCCAUGAAGGAAAUGGUCUAUAUGCAAAUAAAGUAAAAAAUACGAGUCCAUUUCUCGACGCACUUUUUGAAUCACUUUACGAGACCGGAAAAUAUUCGGAGGAAAAUAUUCGCGAUGAAAUAAAUACAUUUAUUUUUGCUGGAAGUGAUACUUCUGCAGGAACUCUUACAUUUUUAUUUUUAAUGCUAGCAUCUUUUCCUGAGAUUCAGAAUAAAGUUUAUAAGGAGCUGUGCGAUAUGUACGGUUCAAGCAAUGAGAAUGAUGAUCAAAUUACAUACGAUGAUACUAAGAAAAUGUAUUAUUUGGAUCGAGUCAUAAAAGAAACACUUCGUCUUUUUCCUMCUGYUCCAUUUUUUGGACGAACAUCAUGUAGCGAUAUAAUAGUGAACGACAACAUUGUAGUACCAAAAAAUACUACAUUAUUUUUUUCGAUAUAUUCUUUGCAUCGAAAGGAUAAAUAUUGGACGGAUCCUUUACGGUUUAAUCCUGAUCGUUUUCUUCCGGGAAAUUAUGAUCCGAAGUGUUUCAUUCCAUUUGGUUCUGGGAAACGAGGAUGUGUAGGUAAAUUUUUUGCCAUGGCACAAGUGAAAACUAUAGCUGCUAGUCUAUUGAGAAAAUUUACUGUUGAAAUAGAUAAUCCAGUAUCAGUUGAAAAUAUUGGCCUACAAAUAUCCAUAACUUUGAAACCAGCUGAAACUAUACUUUUGAGAUUUAUCAAACGAUAAAAUUUAUUAUUUUUGUCAGUACUAUGUUCCGAAUAAAACAAUUGUAAUAAUUGAUUUUUCUAUUAAAAAAU